AUGCAGAUGUCAGGUGAUAACGCAACAAUAGAGGAGUAUCGUCAUGUUGUUCGGCAACUUCAGCUCGACAAUGUGAACCUUCGCAGAGAGAUGCGUGCACUGCAACAGCAGAACGGUGCUCUGAUUGCCAACCAACCGAAACGAUGCAACAAAUCAAGCAAUCUUCCUCGUGAAAUUGAAGAUAACUCAUCCACUAUAUUCUUGAAAGCACGACCAGAUGGAGUAUCCUCAUACAAUCCUCACCGCUACGACACUUCCCGCUCUGAGGAGCUUGGCAAUAUAGCCAAAUUAUAUGAAUUCCUCCCAGUCGAGUUCCAUCAUAUGGCACACAAACUUCCAGCAUUCGGCAAGGAGUUUCGAAAGAAGGUGAAUGCUCAAAGAUCAACAAUGAUCAACACCCUCCGCACCCACGCUGCAUCGAUCUUCACCGGUACACCUGCAGAAUAUUUUGGAACUCAGUACGAUCGUGCUGCGAUUCCCAACUUCCAGGCAAAACUCAAGGCUCCUGCUGAUGCAAAAUACCCAUUGUGGCCACCCAUCCUCUUUCCAGACUUAAAGUACGAUAUGAGGGUGGUAUUUCACAAUCCACUUCUUCCUCGGAUCAUGAAAGUAAUCUUAUGA